AUGAAACGGGUGACUGCAAAGCGGCUCUUCUUCAAUUAUCGGAAGUCUAAGACGCACGAUAUCAAAGUCACAAAAGAGGAGUGGAAGCGAAUCGAAAGUGAGGAGGGACAAGAGUUCUUCGAUUGGUGCAAAAGGGAUCGCUUGCUUUUUGAAGAAUUCAAGCACCAAUUGGAGAGAGGCUUCAUCUGCACCAGAGAAACGGAUGAGUUGGGUGCAGGUGAGGAAGAAGAGGAUGAGGGGGAGGAGGAAAGAGAAGAAAAGAAAACGAGGAAGAGAGGAAGACCACGCAAGGACGAGAACGAUGACAAUGAGGGCGGACCGGAUGGAAAGAAAACGAAGAAGGACGAAGCAGGACCACCGUCAAAAUUAUGUUACUUUCUUGAGCUUUGCUACCAGAGAAUGGGUUUGCGGUUGCCAUGUGAUUUGGCGUCGUUUUCUUUCUUCUUGGUUCGUCAUUUCUUCGCUCGUCAUUGGCGUCUUCUUCCAUCACGUGAAUAG